AUGAAGGGGGAGCCUGCUCCAGAGCUGGGUUGUUGCCACAAGACCAAGCUCCUGGGGAGCACAGGGGCUUCUCUGUCCCCCCACCUGGACUCCCAGCUCUGCCAAGAUGGCCAGGUCUUCCCAGCCUUCAAGCCACAUCCAGACACAGUGGAUCCUCAUGAUCAGUCCUGGGCCAGCUGGCUGUGCCCAUGGCCACUGGCACAGGCCAAGUCUGCCCUGCUGGCCUGCCCCCAGGGCCUGGACCUAUACCUGUGCGCCCUGCAGUCGGCAACCCUGGCAACAGCCCUGCGGGGUCUCAGGGAGGAUGCUUUGAGCACACGGGACCUGCCACCAAGGCUGCCUGCCAGCUCCUCCAGUGGCGAGAAACUCCCACCCAAGUGUCCUCCGAGCAGUGACAAGAUGGGAAGCCAGACAGAAAGAGCUGGCGGGGGGGCCCCCUGCCCAUCCUUCUCUCCUCCCAACAGCUCUUCCCCAAAUUCUUGGCAAAAUAAGAAGAGCCCCUUGGCUUUCUGCUCCUGCCCCCCAACCCCACCCAGCUCCAAAGAACUCUCCUCCCACUUCCGCCCAUUCUAUCCUGCCUACCCAUUUUUCCUGCCCGCUCCUUACCUGGUCACAUGUGGGAGCCUACCUUCAAUGCCGUGUCCCCCCUGCUUCAAGCUGCCCCAAGACACCCCCUAUGCCACCAUGGCUGUGCCCAGCUUGCUGAUUAAUGUCAAUGAGCCCAAGCACCCCAGCACCUGGGGGGAGACCCUGCGCCCCUACCCAGGGGCCUGUCAAGACUCCGGCCAAACCCAACCCUCCCAGAGCCAGAAUCUGGGCCUUGCCACUGCCAGGACCUACUUCACAGGGCCGGAGCGGGCUGGAAGAGUGGCUGCAGGAAAGCGGGCCCCACUGGGCUCCCAGGCUGGCUCUGCGGCACUGCCUUACCCACUGAAGAAAGAGAACGGCAAAAUCCUGUAUGAGUGCAACGUGUGCAGUAAGAGCUUCGGGCAGCUCUCCAACCUCAAGGUCCAUCUGCGAGUGCACAGUGGGGAGCGCCCAUUCCAGUGCGCCCUGUGCCAGAAGAGCUUCACCCAGCUCGCCCACCUGCAGAAGCACCACCUGGUGCAUACUGGGGAGCGGCCCCACAAGUGCCCGAUGUGUGACAAGCGCUUCAGCAGCUCCAGCAACCUGAAGACCCACCUGCGCCUGCACUCGGGCGCCCGGCCUUUCCAGUGCAGUGUCUGCCAGAGUCGCUUCACCCAGCUCGUUCACCUGAAGCUGCACCUUCGUCUGCACGCCCCACGGCCCUGCAGCCUGGCUCACACCCACCUGCCCCUGGCAUCUCUUACCUACCUUGCCCGCUGGCACCAGGGGGCCCUAGAUAUUCUGGCAGCGCCAUCAGAGAGGCAGAUGGACUGGGACGUGGACAAGGUCAAGGUGUCCUCAGCAUCCCAGGGCAAGUAA